AUGGAUUUCCUUGGUGGAUUAGUGGGCGAGGGUAUAAAGAGUCUCUUGAAAACAAUUCUGAAGGAGAUUAAGCACCUAACCAAUUUGCCCGACGAUGCUGAACGCCUCCGCCAGGAGAUAGAUCAUGUGAAAGGCAUAGUAGAUCAUAUUAACGCUGGGUUAAGUGGGCGAGGUCGACAGGCUUUGCCAGUCGUGAGGAAUUGGCUCAACAGAGAAGAACAAAUCGUCAAAUCUGCUGAAGAGAUGAGAGAUUCAAAUUUUCCCAAGAGUGAGGAGCUUGGAGCGCUUCCGGGGAUGCUGGUGCAGCCCAUGGAGAAUGAGUUGGUUGGCAAAGUUGUUCACGAGAACUCGUCGGAGCUGGAAAGGUGGCUGCUGAAAAAUGACUCUGUUCGUGUCGUUGGCAUCUAUGGAAUGCCCGGCGUGGGAAAGACGUCCCUGCUCAAACAAAUCAACAACAAUGAAAAGGUAGUCAAUUUCUUUAAGCUUCUCACUUGGGUUACUGUGUCCAGAGAGUCUGACAUAUCUGCUCUUCAGAGGCGCAUAUUUGAGAGAAUUGAGUUGCCUGGGGGAUCCAAUUUGAGCAUUGACGAGGCCGCAGGGAAGUUGCAUUCUGUUUUCAAGGAGAAGCGACCGCUGCUUAUUUUGGACGACGUGUGGACAAAAAUAGAUGUUUCCAAAAAUCUAUUUCUCUGUCUGAGAAAGAAAUAA